AUGAUAUCGGUCAGUACGCUGCAUCUUGAACAAGAUCUAUCAUCUGACAUACAGGCUUUCUUCAUCUUCAAUCGAAAGGGAGAGGUACUCACCUCCCGAUUAUUUCGUACAGAUGUCAAACGUUCCAUCUCCGAUGUCUUUAGAAUUCAAGUCAUCUCCAACGCAGACGUCCGUUCACCUAUUAUCACGCUCGGCUCAACAUCCUUCUUUCAUGUCAGGGUCGGCAAUGUCUACCUGGUCGCUGUGACAAAGUGUAAUGCCUCUGCCGCUUUGGUGUUUGAGUUUCUCUACAGAUUUAUGAGUAUCUCGAAAUCUUAUUUUGGCAAACUGGACGAAGAGAGUGUGAAGAAUAAUUUUGUCUUGAUAUAUGAGCUAUUGGAUGAGAUAUUGGACUUUGGGUAUCCUCAAAAUUCGGAAACAGACACGUUGAAGAUGUACAUAACGACCGAGAGUAUCAAAUCGGAGCUUGCAAGAGAGGACUCGUCAAAAAUCACCAUUCAAGCAACCGGUGCUACAUCUUGGAGACGUUCGGACGUCAAGUACAGAAAGAAUGAAGCUUUCGUUGAUGUCAUCGAAACUGUUAAUCUCAUGAUGAGCAAAGAGGGUACUGUACUACGAGCGGAUGUAGAUGGACAAAUCAUGAUGAGAGCUUAUCUGAGUGGAACACCAGAAUGUAAAUUUGGUUUAAACGAUAAGCUGGUCUUACAGAAACGGGGCGAUUCAGCACCGAAAUCUGAAAGCGCGGUGGAACUGGACGAUUGUCAAUUUCAUCAAUGCGUUCGAUUAGGAAGAUUCGAUUCUGAUCGUUCCAUAUCCUUCAUCCCUCCAGACGGCGAGUUUGAGCUUAUGAGAUACCGUUCUACCACCAAUAUAAACCUUCCGUUCCGUUUACAAACACAUGUAGUGGAGCCUACAAAGUCGAAAGUGGAAUAUACUAUACAUUUACGUGCCGCGUACGAUCCUAAAUUGAGUGCCAACAAUGUGGUGUUGAGAAUACCUACACCUCUGAAUACCACGAUGGUCAACACUAAAGUCGGGAUAGGAAAGGCAAAGUAUGUGCCUGCUGAGAAUAUUAUCAUUUGGAAGAUCCCUCGAAUACAAGGAGCUCAAGAAGCCAUCCUCACUGCCGAUGCCGAUUUAGCUCAAACCACUCAUCGUCAAGCUUGGUCUCGUCCUCCUAUAGAAGUAGACUUUUCCGUGGUCAUGUUCACAGCCUCUGGUCUACUUGUCAGGUUCUUGAAAGUGUUCGAAAAGAGCGGUUAUCAAUCUGUGAAAUGGGUCCGAUAUCUUUCCAAAGCCAGUGGGACAUAUCAAAUCCGAGUAAGUCUCCAAAACAUAUGCUUUCACUACAUGUAUCACCCAGCUGACAUGAUUUUUAGUUUUGACACGACAUCAUGA